AUGUCCCGACCGGUUCUCUCGACGCACGUGCUGGACACGUCAAGUGGGACCCCAGCAGUGGGGCUCUUCGUAGAGCUGUAUAAGAAGAGAGGCGACGCCUGGACUCUGUGGCAUAGUACAGCGACAUCUGGCGACGGCAGGGUACAGUUCCCGUUCUCGAUGGAGUCUAUGGCGGCGGGAACUUACAAACUGAAUUUUAAUGUUGAAGACUAUUAUAAGAAAACGGAAAAAACUACUUUAUAUCCUUUCGUUGAGAUUGUGUUCAACACGGUCGAGGGAGCUCACUAUCAUAUUCCGCUGCUGCUGAGUCCUUAUGGAUACACCACUUACAGAGGAAGC